UGCGGUACCGGUACCGGGGCUGUUUGUCGGGGCUUUUCUGUUCAGCUCGGCGGUCGGAUGCUGGCAGCUCUCACCGAUCAGGAGCGCGCAGGGCUGAGAGAGAGAGAGGCGAGGGGACACGGAAGGAAGGACGUGGGAUCUUUUUAAUACCAAAACGGGACACAUGUUGAGCUAACGGCCCGCUCCACCCCCCCUCUCCUCCCAAAUGCAUUAGUUGCUCCCCCCCCCUCAUGAUUCCGUAACCCGGCGAAAAGGUUUCCUCCUCGGCUCCACGGAUCCUCGUCGUUUGGGGACGAUCAUGGAUCUCAGCAAAAUUGCUGUCAGCAUCAAUAAGGCCAUCAACACACAGGAGGUCGCUGUCAAAGAGAAGCAUGCUCGGACCUGCAUCUUGGGUACCCAUCAUGAAAAAGGCGCUCACACAUUCUGGGCAGCGGUCAACCGGCUUCCUCUCUCCAGUAACGCAGUGCUCUGCUGGAAGUUCUGCCACGUCUUCCACAAGCUGCUGCGAGACGGACAUCCAAACGUGAUAAAAGACUCCAUGAGGAACAAAGCUGAUUUAACUGACAUGAGCAGGAUGUGGGGCCACCUGAGUGAAGGCUAUGGAAAACUGUGCAGCAUCUACCUCAAACUGCUCAUCACCAAAAUGGAGUUUCACAUCAAAAAUCCUCGUUUCCCAGGAAACCUGCAGAUGUCAAAUAGACAGCUUGAUGAAGCCGGAGAGAACGAUGUCAACAACUUCUUUCAGCUGACAGUGGAGAUGUUUGACUAUCUGGAGUGUGAGCUCAACCUCUUCUUGGGUGUUUUUAGUUCUCUCGACAUGUCCCGGUCUGUGUCUGUGACGGCAGCGGGCCAGUGUCGCCUGGCCCCCCUCAUCCAAGUCAUCCUGGACUGCAGCCACCUCUAUGACUACACCGUCAAGCUGCUGUUUAAGCUGCACUCCUGCCUGCCAGCAGACACUCUCCAGGGCCACCGGGAUCGCUUUCAGGAGCAGUUUAAGAAGCUGAAGAGUCUAUUCUAUCGUUCCAGUAAUUUGCAAUAUUUCAAGAGGUUGAUUCAGAUUCCACAGUUGCCUGAGAAUCCUCCUAACUUUCUGCGUGCUUCAGCUCUGUCAGAGCAUAUUAGCCCUGUGGUUGUGAUUCCCGCCGAGUCUUCGUCCCCUGAGUCAGAGCACGUGGUGGAGACAGAUGACCUGGUGGACACUGACGUCCCUGUACAGCCGGCUCCAGUAGAGACGAAGUUUGACGACCUGUUCGGGACCUCAGCUGCUAUAGACCCCUUUAACUUCAACAGUCAGAAUGGCAUGCGGAGGGACGAUAAAGACCGUCUCAUUGAACAGCUCACAAGAGAGAUUGAGGCCCUCAAAGAAGAGCUUGAAUCUUUCAAACUGGAGAGUGGUCGGUUGUGCCAGGCACUGAGGGGGCGUAUCAGUGAGCUGGAGGCGGAGCUGGCAGAACAAAGCCACCUGAGGUUGCAGGCUGUAGGAGAGGGUGAGUUCCUCAAAGCAGAGCUGGAUGAUCUGCGCAGGGCCAGAGAGGACACGGAGAAGGAGCAGAGGAGCCUGACGGAGAUCGAGAGAAAAGCUCAGGCCAAUGAGCAGCGCUACACAAAGCUAAAGGAAAAAUACACGGAGCUGGUACAGAGCCAUGCAGACCUGCUGAGGAAAAAUGCAGAUGUGACCCGUCAGAUGACGGUGGCCCGGGCUGCACAGGAUGAAGUGGAGGCCGUGAGGAAAGAGAUGCAAGAGAAGGUUAAGGCUGCCCAGGAGACCGCCGACAGACAGGAAAGAGAACAGCUGGAGCAAUUUCAAGAACUACAGAGACAGCUGGUGACCAGUAGGGGGGAGCUAGACACCCUGAAGACUUCUAUGGCUUCAUCACAGCAGCCAGGCGAGGUGCUCAGAACUCACCUUGCCACCAUAGAGUCUGAAAAGGCGGAGCUGGUAGAAUCCUUGUCCAAGAUGGAGGUGGAGUUGGCUUUACGGGGUGAGGAGCUACAACAAGCCCAAAGUUCUCUAGCCAGUGAGAGGGAAAGCGGGGUGAAGACAGCAGAAGCUCUGCAGAAUCAGCUAAACGAAAAGGAGAGCAGGGAGCAGGCGUUGGAGGGUCAGCUGGUAGCAGCUCGCUGGUCCAACCUGCAGGGAGCCAUAGAGGAGGCACAGAGGAUCAUCAAGGACUCCUUAAAUCUAAUAGAUGACCCAGCACACAUCAGCUGCACCAGCUCUGCAGACUAUUUGGCAUCCAGGUGUCAAGCAUCUUUAGACUGUAUGGACAGACUCCAUUCUGCCACUGAGGCCUUCUUGGCUGACAACACAGGUGUGCCUGAGCUGGUGCGGGUGGUGACUCAGUGUGGCCACCUGGUGGGUGACACAAUCAUUCAGGGUAGUGCUACUUCACACAUGGUACCAGUGGAGCAAGCUGAUGCUCUGUUGGAGAGUGUGAAGGCGUGUGGGUCUGAGGCGCUGGUUCUGCUGGACCAGAUGAAGGACCACAGCACUCUGGCUACAGCAGAUGGCUGCAAACUGAAAACAACACUUGAGGACAUCCUGGCAACUGCUGAGAAACUGCGACCACGGGGUUUGGAGCUGCAGCAAGGGGAGCUGGGAGAUUUAGUGGAGCAGGAAAUGGCAGCUACAUCUGCUGCUGUGGAGUCAGCGGCUGCCAGGAUAGAGGAAAUGCUCAACAAAUCUCGAGCCAUUGAUACAGGAGUCAAGAUGGAGGUCAAUGAAAGGAUCCUGGCCUCGUGUACGGCGCUAAUGCAGGCCAUCAAAGAGCUCAUACUGUCUUCCAAAGAUCUGCAAAGAGACAUUGUGGAAAGUGGCAGGGGGGCAGCCUCCAUGAAGGAAUUUUAUGCCAAGAACUCACGGUGGACAGAGGGUCUGAUCUCUGCCUCUAAAGCAGUGGGAUGGGGCGCCACAGUCCUUGUGGAUGCUGCAGAUCUGGUGGUGCAGGGCAAAGGGAAGUUUGAGGAGCUGAUGGUGUGUUCACAUGAAAUAGCUGCAAGCACAGCACAACUAGUGGCUGCUUCCAAGGUAAAGGCAGACAAAGAUAGCACCAACCUGCACCGUUUGCAGCAGGCGUCACGGGGUGUCACUCAAGCAACCGCAGCUGUUGUCGCCUCCACAAAGUCUGGGAAAUCCCAGAUUGAGGAGACAGACACAAUGGACUUUUCCAGCAUGACUCUCACCCAGAUCAAACGACAAGAGAUGGAUGCCCAGGUCCUGGUUCUGGAGCUGGAGACACGUCUGCAGAAGGAGCGAGAGCGACUCGGUGAGCUGAGAAAGAAGCAUUAUGAGCUGGCCGGGGUAGCAGAGGGCUGGGGUGAGGAAGAGGAGGGUACAGGCUGAGACCUGUUCCCCCACAGUCCUCUUACAGACAGCUGCCUGUUUCUAUUUAUACAUCCUCUUUUCAGUCUCCACCUCCCACCUUCCCUUCUCUGUUUUGUUAUCUAAGCCAAAUGAAAAGGUGCUUCUUUUCUAAACCCAAUUCUCCGCCCGUGUCCGUAAGCUUCCAUAAUGACGGCACCAAGGGCUCCACAAUGGGGAAAAGAGGAGGGAAGAAAAGGAUUCAAGGAGGGAAUAGAAGGAUAAGACCAGACUUCACGGCCUCACAUCCCCUCUCUCCUCCAGGGCUGUGUUGGUAUACAGUAGUCCUGCUGAAGUCUAUUUCUUCUCUUGUGUUUCUUCUUUUCCCCCCUGGUUCUCUUUCUCUUCUUUUUUUUUUUCUUUUUUUUCUGAUAACUGCGAUCUGUUGGGGAGUGUUGAUUCCAUGAGCACAAGUUUCACUCAAGACAUACCAGAAUGCACAAGAGCCAAACUGUCAGCAGAAGAAGGGACCCACCUGCAGCCCAAAACCACAUCUCUGUGUGAACUUGCAGUCAGUGUUGAAGUUGAAGAUCAAACCCUCAAGGCCAAGACAUUAAAAAAAGGAUCAUGCAAACAUGAAGGUUCACACAAUAAAAGACAAAGACAAAUUUUUAUAUCCAAAAUGUGGUAUAUUAUGAAAGUAACUUCAAGAACAACAGUAAAAGUUGUUAUUCUGUAUUGUAGUGGCUGUUUAUGGCCUAAAUUUGAUUUAACAAUAGCAAAAUUCCAUAUGCCUUGAAUUUUCUAGAGAUUACGAAGGCUUUGAACUGACAAGGCUAAGGCCUGAAAAAAAAAAAAAAGGGCCUUAAGGUGCAUCAAGGCACUACAACACUGUCUGCAGUCUUCAUAGAAGAAUGGUCCGACAUCUUGACUGGCUGAUGAGGCUACUGGUGCAGUUUGACGUCGUCCUUCUCCCCCUUCAUCCCAGCAUGUUAUUCCUGUUCUUUUUCUCACUGUGAGUCACUGCCAUCUAAGUCCAAACCACUUUGGUGGUUCUCUGGACUUUCUGCCUUUCACUUUCUCACUAUUUUGUUGACCAUGACUGUUAACUUUGAAUUUCUUUAUUUUUAAUUGCAUUGAAAAUUUUCAAAAGCCCAACCAAACUGUCUGCAUGCAGACGAGUUGUGAGAAGUAGCAGUUAAUUUUCUAUUUGUCCCAGCUGUACGGUUAUUCAUGACAUCAUCAGUGGUCCGAGGCCAUGGUGCAUCAUGGGGAAGCUUGAUGCAC